ACGACAGCAAAAGACUGUACCAAACAGAAGCAUACUUCAAUUUAACGAGUUCAUUUCGACUACUUGACGAAAAACGACACUUUUCAAAAUGAAACAAUUUUUAUUAAUCGGAGCUGUUUUAUCAGUGGCAGUGUUUGUCUAUGGUAUUCCAUCUGGCCAAAUCGCAGGGGAUAUCCAUUUCCCAGUUACUGAUGCACAAUUCCAGUGCGGUUUGAAAGCAGUUUCGGACUUGGUGUCCAACCAUACCGAAUUGAAUUCGUGGGGUCAAACCAUGAAAAUGGCUGCUCAAGCAAUGGCAGAAUCUGCCCAAAAAUGUGCAUCGCUUUCAGGAGACGAACAAAAACAAUGCUAUGCAGCAUUAUCGGCUGGAACCAAACAAAUGUUCAACCAAAUGGUUACUAAAUUGCCAGAAAACCUUAGAGCACAAUUCACACAAGAUUUCUACCAAUGCUUCGAAUAAAGAAUCAGCUUAUGCUUCCCAUUAAGAAUUGGCAGACCAAAAGCAUUUUUUCUGAUAAAAAAUCAGAAUGCCGAGAAAUAUAAAACUCUACAGGAACAAUUUUCUAACAAAAUGAAAAAAAACAGUUGGAAUAAAAUUGAUGCAAAAUAA